AUGUCAGCUCCGCUUUCCGCUCACUCGCGCGCAAAGGUUAGUGUUCAAUUCCUCGACAUUUUCAUCUGACACGGAUUAUUUUUUCAGAAUCAAGAAGACCCGGAGGAAUGGGAAAACCACCUCAUUCUUCGUGUUCCUAGUGACGUGGCGGCGCGAAUGACACACGCGGUCCAUAGGACUCCGCACUCAGAGGAACUCGGAAUCUGCAUAAACGAAGACAACCGGAAUGUCCAGAUUCGACUGGGAAAUCAAAUUCUACCCGCCAAGAUUCUGGACCUGCCGACUAUUUCCGAGGUGCGUUCAACAUUCAAUUUUAUGUUAACACCUGGUUGCGGAAUGGAAAACGUUUCACCACGCUUAACACUUGCAGUUUCCUUUAAUAACUUUUUUCAGAUCCACAAGACGACAGACAAUACAACACUCUACAAAGUGGCCGACGUCUCCCAAAUCAUUAUGUGUGACGGCGCAAUGUCCCCGAAAAAGGACAAAAAACUGAAAGAGCAGGUGAAAAUGGAAGGAGAAGAAGAACCAGAAGCAGGACCUUCAGUCAUGAAACCGAAGACGGCUCGUCAGAUCGCGAGAGAGGUUCGUUGUCCCGACCGACAAUGUUCCGAGUUAAUUGCCGGUUUCAGAGACUGAAGGAGUACCACUACCCGCACGGAAUCACGGCGCCCAUGAAGAACGCGAAGAAGAGACGAUUCCGCAAGAAGAAGGAGAAGAAGAUAAUGGCGGUGGAAGAGGUUUGAUGAAUGGAAGUGGCCUGACGCAAAAGAACACAUGUUUUUUUUUUCAGAUUGAGCGGGAGCUGAAGAAACUGCUCAGGUCGGACCUGGAGGCGCAAUCGGUUCGCUGGGAAAUCGUCGAGGACGAUGGAACGGUAAUUGAUUCAUUCUUGACUUACAUCUGUAUGUAAGAAAAACUUUCUGUUCAGGGCAUCCCUGAGACCCUAGAAGAGGAUUCUGAGAACUACGAUCCGGAGGACGGAAGCGAUCUGGACAAGGACGAUGAUGACAAUUUGGAACUCACCGACGAUGACGAUCUUUAA